AUGGCCACGGGAGGGUUCAAGUCCAGCGCAGCCACGGAUUUCUUAGAGGAAUGGAAGGCUAAACGUGAGAAAAUGAGAGCCAAAAUGCUUGGGGACAUUGCCGCGGCCACUGGUGCUCCCUUGGCGGCUUCCCACACGAGCAGCAGCAACAGCAGCCCGGAGAAGAGCCCCCCGCCUGGGAACUGCUUUGAGACUGGCCACCCUUUGCACCCAGCAGCACCCACUGCAGCUCCCACUACUGCGACGCCUGCAGCCUCAGCUAAUGUCAAGAGGAACCCGGUCCAGACCAUCCAGACAGACGAGCCCCGUGUGGCCCCUGGCUCCUCUGCGGUGUGUGCGAAGGACAGUGACGGCGGGGACAGUCCAUCUCCCAGCCGCAAGAAGAGCAGUGGUCCCCGGGCCAGGAAGGGAAAGGGCCAGAUCGAGAAGAGGAAGCUGCGGGAGAAAAGGAGAUCUACCGGUGUGGUCAGCAUGCCGUCCAAUGAGAGCCUUGAUGAACUGGAUGACGAUGAUGUUGGAGAGAAGGACAGAAGGAAGGAAGAGGUGCUGGUCCAAGCCAACACCUUCCAGAACGAGUCGAUGACUGCAGACCCGACCACUGGAGACUUCACGGAUACCCCAAGACCUGGGAAUGGGCACCACAAAAGCUCUGCGGGGCCAGCUGCUGUGGAAGAGACCAAUGGAAACAAAAGACAAAACGAUCACAUCAGCGACGAAAUGUGUGUCAUUGCCAGUCUGGAGAAACGGAUGGAAGAGCUGGAGAUGGACUUGGACAGAGAAAGGCAAGAAAAUGCUCUGUUGCUUAAGGCACACCAAGAAAAGGACGACCUCAUCUGCAAACUAAGAGAAGAAAUCGACCUAUUGAACAGAGAUCUUGACGACAUUGAAGAUGAGAAUGACCAACUCAAACAAGAGAACAAGACGCUGCUCAAAGUGGUGGGUCAGCUGACCAGGUAG